CACUGCCGUCACGGAAUUUGUGUGAGCAGAGAAAUGGAGACACGUCCUGUAGAUGGAGAAUGGGGACCAUGGGGGCCUUAUAGCUCAUGUUCAAGAACUUGUGGAGGUGGAAUAAAGAGCACCACCAGGCUGUGUAAUAGACCAGAACCGAGAAAUGGAGGAAAGUACUGUGUUGGCCGCAGGAUGAAAUUUCGAUCAUGUAAUACUGAUUCAUGUCCAAAAGGCAAAAAAGAUUUCCGGGAGCAACAGUGCUCUGAAUUUGAUGGCAAACACUUUAAUAUCAACGGUCUUACAUCUGCUGUUCGCUGGCUUCCAAAAUACAGUGGUAUUUCUAUGAAAGAUCGCUGUAAACUUUUUUGCCGAGUUUCUGGAACAACUUCCUACUAUCAGCUGAAGGACAGAGUUGCUGAUGGUACUCCCUGUGGAGCAGAAACCAAUGACCUUUGUGUUCAAGGCUUGUGCAGGCAAGCAGGCUGUGAUCAUGUUUUGAAUUCCAAGGCAAGGAGAGACAAAUGUGGAAUCUGUGGUGGUGAUAAUUCUUCAUGUAAGACUCUUGCAGGUACUUUCAACAGUGCUCGCUAUGGUUACAAUGUUGUAGUAAAUAUUCCCAAAGGAGCAACAAACAUUGAUAUUCGGCAGCACAGCUACUCAGGGAAACCAGAGGAUGACAACUACCUUGCUUUAUCUGAUAUUCACGGAAAUUUUCUCUUGAAUGGAAAUUUUGUUGUAAGCAUGUCAAAAAGAGAAAUCAAUAUACAAGGAGCCAUUUUUGAGUACAGUGGUUCAAACAAUACGAUAGAACGAAUUAACAGCACUGAUAGAAUCGAAGAAGAGCUAACCUUACAGGUUUUGUGUGUAGAUUUAUACAACCCUGAUGUGCGUUAUUCAUUCAAUAUCCCCAUAGAAGACAGAAAUGAUCUGUUCACGUGGGAUCCUUACGGACCCUGGCAAGACUGCAACAGGAUGUGCCAAGGUAUUCGAAGAAGAAGAAUGAUAUGCAUACGUAAAAGUGAUCAUGUGGUAGUGUCUGAUCAAAGAUGUGAAUUUAUACCCACUGUACCAGAUGUCUUUGAGGAGUGUAAUACAGAGUGUGAAUUAAGGUGGCACAAUGUUGGCAAAAGUGACUGCACAUCAAAGUGUGGCCCAGGGUAUCGGUCUAUAGAGAUCCACUGCAUGAAGUACUCUAUUUCUAAAGGACUCAGUGCUCCAGUGGAUGAUAAGUACUGUGCUGAUCAGCAGAAACCACCAACCAGAGAACUCUGCCAUGGCGACUGUAUGUUAACAAGUUGGCACUACACAAAAUGGUCAGAGUGUUCCAGGAGCUGUGAAAGGGGUGUCAGAACCAGAGAAGCUUUUUGUAUGAACAAUUUGGGUCGUCAUCUUCCUGACAGAGAGUGCAAGGAACUUGCAAGAGUUGUAACACAGAGUUGCAAUGAAUUCCUAUGUCCAAGCUGGUCUGUUAGUGAGUGGAGCGAGUGUCCUGUGACAUGUGGCAAAGGAGUGAAGCAUCGUCAAGUAUGGUGCCAACUUAAUGAUGAACAACUGAGAGAUGAUUUCUGUAAUCCAAAUGAUAGACCAGAAUCAGUAACACCGUGUGAACUCCAUGAAUGUGCAUCUUGGCAAGUAGGGCCUUGGGGAUCAUGUGCUGUAACAUGUGGACGCGGAUACCAGAUGCGUGCAGUUAAAUGUGUUACAGGGACUUACAGAGUUAUUUUGGAUGAUGACAGGGAAUGUAAUGCGGCUACUCGUCCUAGAGAUAACCAAGAAUGUGAAUUGCCCGCUUGUCCAGAAAAUACAAAAUUAUGGACUACAUCACUUCCUGUAGUUCAUGUGGGGAAGGUGACCCAAUGGAGAUAUGGAUCAUGGACCCCAUGUUCUGCAUCCUGUGGGAAAGGUGAUCGUGCUCGCUAUGUGAGUUGUAGAGAUGCUGAUGGAGGAAUAGCAGAUGAAUCUUUCUGUGCUCAUUUACCACGACCAGCUGAAAUUUCAAGCUGCUUUAGCCCAUGUGGAGAGUGGCAAGUUGGAAAUUGGUCCCCUUGCACAGUGACGUGUGAUAGUGGAAUAGUAACAAGACAAGUUAUCUGUGCCAACUAUCAUCAACAAAUCAACGAGAAUUACUGUGAUCCUGAAGGCCGACCUUCCAAAGAACAAGAAUGUAACAUGCCGCCAUGUCCACCAGUUUAUCAUCAUAUUCCAAAAAUACAGGACCAUCCAAGCUAUUUUCCAGAAAUAGGUUACCUUCCAAUACACCAUCCGCAAGACAAUAUAAACCAGUGGAACCAUCCCUCUGUGGGAGGAUAUCAAUGGAGAACUGGACCCUGGGGAGCAUGCUCUAGUACUUGUGCAGGUGGAUUUCACCGUCGAGUUGUAGUAUGUCAAGAUGCGGAAGGAAGAAGUGCUAAUUAUUGUGAUGAGGCAACAAAACCUCUAGAGUCAAGAAACUGUGAUUCUGGACCCUGCCCACGAUGGAACUAUGGGAACUGGGGAGAAUGUACUCAAACUUGUGGAGAUGGAAUAAAGACAAGACUGGUGAUUUGUCAGCUUCCUACUGGCCAAAUGUUGGGUGAUCAAAACUGUGAAAUUCUAGACAAGCCACCUAAUAUGGCACAAUGUAAUGUGCAUUCUUGCCCUGGUGAUGUUUCAUGGCAUCGGGGACCGUGGAAAUCGUGUUCAGUUUCCUGUGGAAAGGGUUUGAAGUUUCGUGAUGUGCAUUGUUUUAAUAGCUUCCAAGCUAAAAUAGAGGAAGGAAACUGCAGACAUUUAAAAAAACCACGGAUGUACAAAGUAUGUAGAGCUGGAAGAUGUCCUGCUUGGAAGGCCAGCAGAUGGAAAGAGUGUUCUGUAUCCUGUGGAGUGGGGAUUCAGCAAAGGGACGUCUACUGUCAGGUGAAGGGCCUGGGUCAAGUGAGUGAAGCAAUGUGUAAUCAUGGUACCCGACCUGCUAGCAAGAGGCAUUGCUGGCUGCCUGCCUGCAUGCGGUACCAGUGGCUGGCAGAUGAAUGGGAAGAUUGCUCAACAUCAUAUAGAAAAACAAAGGAAAUAUACCGGAAGGUUAAGUGUGUGGAUGAAAACCAGCUCCACGUAGAGGAAAGCUUUUGUGAUCCUGCCACAAAGCCUCCAUCAACCAAAAACUGCAGGACAGGUCCCUCUAAAUACGUUGUGCUUACAGGAGAGCUGUCACAGUGCUCAGCCAGUUGCGAGUUUGGCUACCAGCAGAGGAUGACAUACUGUGUUGGAAUCCAUUCUGUUCAAAAUCAUCAUGCCCAUGGCCUUCGAACCGUAACAUACCAAGAGUGCCCAGUAGAGCCAUCCCCAUACAUUUAUAAAUGUAAUAUCAAAGGAUGUUCACAAGCAGCUACCUGGAGAGUGGGGAAGUGGAACAAGUGCUCAGUGUCUUGUGGAGUGGGAGUAAAGGAAAGAACUGUAGAAUGUAUCACUGAGAAUGGCUUAUCCAGUGACUUGUGCCUGCCACGUUUAAAACCAGAUGCCAGAAAGAUCUGCCAUGAGGAAGAAUGUGAAAUUCUUACCACCUGCAAAGAUAUCCAGAUUAGAAAAGGGAUUAUAAAGGAUGGUGAAUACCUACUAAACAUUAAGGGAAGGAUGAUAAAGAUUUAUUGUUCAGGCAUGCACUCAGAGAAUCCCAAAGAAUAUUUGACAUUGGUAAAAGGUGAAACAGACAACUUCUCUGAAGUAUAUGGUUUCAGGCUGCAGAAUCCAUAUGAAUGCCCUUUCAAUGGAAGCAGAAGGCAAGACUGUGCCUGUCGAAAUGAUUACCUUGCAGCUGGCUUCACAGUUUUUAGCAAAAUAAGAUUUGAUGUAGCCUCCAUGCAAAUUAAAACCACAGAUUUUCUUUUUGCUCAGACUAUACUUGGGAGAGCAGUUCCAUUUGCUACAGCUGGAGAUUGCUACAGUGCUGCCAGAUGUCCACAGGGACAGUUCAGCAUUAAUUUGGCUGGUACAGGUCUGAGAUUAUCCAGUACAGUUAGGUGGAUUGCUCAGGGCAACUACGCAACUUCUGACAUACACAAGUCUCACGAUGGUACUAAAAUAUAUGGAAGAUGUGGAGGAUUUUGUGGAAAAUGUAUUCCUAACACAGUUAUUGGUCUCCAACUUCAAAUACAGUGA